AUUGAGCUGACCAAUAGCUAUGUUGUUGAUGUAAACAACUUCAGAUUUUCCAGUUUACUUAUUGCAGGAUACAUUGAGGAACUCUGGACAAAAGUGCUCUUUAGGAGUAGGCAAUCCUUAAUGUCAGCAGUAUGGGGCAUCAGGUGAUAAUAUUCGACUUCUCUGCUAUAAGAAGUUUGUGGGAGAUUCGGGUUAAGAAGCACAAAGAACGGCAAAAAACGGAGAAGGAAAGACAGGCCAAAAGCGCAUUAGAAAAGAUAAGACAAGAAUGGGACAUUAUGCUAGAGUGCAGAAGAAAUGGCAUUCCUCAAGCUGCAUAUCUGAAGAAUGGUUUCAUAGAUACUAACCACAUUUUGGAUAAGCUUGAACAGAACUCUGUGCUCCUUAAGAAGAUUGCUUUGUUGCAUGAAACGCAGAAAGAAAGAAACAGGUUUAUUUUUCAACUUUCAGGGGAGAACUGGACGGAGUUCCCAGAUGCACUGAAGGAACAAACACAUCUGAAAGAAUGGCAUGUAAACAAUACAAAUAUUGCAACCAUUCCUGCUUACAUUGCCUUAUUUCAGGAGUUGAGAAUUCUACAGUUAUCCAGUAACCAGAUUACAGAUCUUCCUGUUGAAAUAGGUUGUUUAAAAAACCUGAAAGAACUCAAUGUGAGUUUUAACCGUUUGAAGACAAUUCCUCCAGAACUGGGAGACUGUGAAAAUCUGGAAAAACUUGAUUUGUCUGGAAACCUUGAGCUAGCAGAGCUGCCCUUCGAACUAAGUAAUUUGAAGCAAGUGACUUAUGUAGAUGUGUCAGCAAACAAAUUUCCCACAAUUCCAAUAUGUGUGCUCCGGAUGUCAAAUUUGCAGUGGUUGGAUAUUAGCAGCAACAGUCUCAAAGAACUCCCACAAGACAUGGACAGGCUAGAAGAAUUACAAACUCUUCUCCUGCAAAAAAACAAGUUGAUUUACCUUCCACAAUCUUUGGUUAAUUUGCCAAAACUCAGUUUACUGGUGGUAAGUGGUGACGAUUUGGUCCAGAUGCCCACAGCUAUCUGUGAAUCAACCACUGGUUUAAAAUUUAUAAGCCUCAAGGAUAACCCUCUUGAAACAACCUCAUUUCAAGAGACUGAAGAAAUAUCAGAAAGUGACCGUGAUCGUGAGCAGUUUGAAAAAGAAUUUAUGAAAGCUUAUAUUACAGAUUUACGAGAAAGAGAGUCUGUUCCUUGCUAUACUACAAAAGUGACAUUUAGUCUCCAAAUCUGAGAACUGGAUUUGUACAUCACAGGAAAACCCCAACAAUUAAUUUUGCCAAAACAAACUGGAAAACCUCAUUAGCAGAAUACCAACACAAACAACUGGUAUCGGUGGUAGUUAAUAUGCAGUGGAAGCUUCAA